GGGGGGGGGGGAGGAGGAUGCGACCAGGCUGAUGGGCUCUAUCUUGGAGAUGGUCGGGCAGGGAGGGAGGAAGCAGACGAUUCAGCGCCUCUUCCUCCGCAACAUCCAACGUGGCCUCGUCACGCUCCCUCCUCUCUUCCAGGACCUCGUGAGGGACGUGUACGAGUCCGAGGGAGGAGGAGGAGAGACGGUCUCGCAGGUCGCCGUCUGCCUGGUGUGCGGGGAGAAGAUAGCUCGGAUCUCUUCUGGCUCGGUCCUCUCCUACCGCCCUUGCGUGUCCCACGCUCGCUCAUGCGGGGCUGGGCUGGGGAUUUUCCUCCUCCUCUCCAAGUCGUCGGUCAUGCUGGUGCAGGACCUGUGGGUGGCUCAUUGGGGGUCUCCCUUCCUCGACCAGUACGGUGAGGAAGACUUCGGCCUCCUCCGCGGCCACAAGCUCUUCCUCGAUGCCGCGCGGUACUCGAGCCUCAACGAGCUGUGGAACUCGCAGAACCUGAGGCGAUGGAAUGCCAACAAGUGGAAGAAAGUAGAGGCGAUACCUUGAUGAAGGGCAAGGAUGAGGACGAUGCAGUAGACGGAGAGGACGGGGGAUCGCGGAACGGGAGAGGAGGAGGAAGAGGAGGAGGAGGCGGAACGAGGGGAAGUGAAGGAGAAGACGCUGAUGCUGAUGCUGAUGCUGAUGCUGAUGCUGAUGCUGAUGCUGAAGAUGAUGAGAGUGUAGUAUCAACAUAAUUUAUUGAUUCGCUUCUAUUUUACAGCUCAAAACCCAG